AAGUUGCCAGAUACGGUUCCCACCACGCGCCGUCUGCUUCGUACUCACGCUGUACUUGAAGCUAAAUUUUGCAAGUGUCAAGGACCUCGCAGCAUGGCAAAAGUUUCCUCGUUCACUUGGGCCGCACUGGACCAAGGUGUUCAAGUUCUCAAUACUUCUGGCACAAUUUUUGAAACUUCUGAUGGACGACUGAUCGCACAUGUCAAGUAGUAUGGGACGAAGAUUCGGAAGUCGAGUCUAUCUGACUUCUGUUGGAGGUGCCGGGGAUGCGCCGUAUCCGAAUCAACAGUUUCCACACCGUCCUCGUUGUGCUGCGGUCUCUCAGUUACAUAGUACGUGGUCCAACUACAGCAUCCUAUGAUUUUCUACAAAUUCAUUUGCGUCAACGCGCGAUACUACGACUCCCAUCUAGGUUCAUAUUCAGGUUAACGCCACUGCGCGCCUUUCACUCCUUCAAGUUACCCUCUACCACGAUGGUGAACACCGGCCUCAAAUACGUAGACCUUAUACGCCAGCGCACUUCAAAGUGGGCGAACUUGUCUCCCGAAACACAGGACAUCAGAGUCGGAUCGUAUGGUCUAUUCAGCGCCCAGACAGGCAGGUUCGAGGUUGAAGGAAACGUGUACGAUCCCGAGUUUCAGAAGCUGCUUGACGCCACCGAUGGAAAGAUAAAGCUUUCUGAUCAUCUGCCUGUGCUCGACGACGAGGAGAAAGACUUUGCUGUUGGAUCUAUGGGCGUCAGGCCUAAGGAAUUUAGCCUUGCAUCAAACUGCCGAGGGCAUCGACAAAGCAAAGUAUAAAGGAGACUGGCAGUUUCUGCAGGGAAAACGAGGCGCUAUGCUCGUGAUGUACAAACCCCGUCUAGAGCAUUUUCCUAAAGGGAAGGUGUUUGAAGCGAUCUACAAGGUUCCAGAGCUCAAGGACAACCGGAGAGAAGAUUUCGUUGGCUCUCCUCCCGAAAUCUGGCAAAGAGAACGAGACGCAGCUCAACUGGUGG